GAUGUUCGCAUGGUUGGUAUAUGUGGGAAUGGCGGAAUAGGCAAGACCACGGUUGCUAAAGCUGUGUAUAAUUCAAUCGUCCAAAACUUUGAAGGUAGUUGUUUUGUGGCAACUGUUGGAGAAAUUUCAAAGGCACCGGGAGGUCUAGUCCAACUACAAAAGACUGUUCUUUCUGAGAUUCUAGGGGAAAAAGAUUUGGAGGUGACAAAUGUUGACAAAGGAAUCAAUAUGAUAAAGAGAAGGCUGAGAGAAAAAAGGGUUCUCAUAAUUCUCGAUGAUGUUAAUCAACUGGACCAGUUAAACAAUUUGGCUGGAGGGUCUGAUUGGUUCGGACGGGGCAGUAGAAUUAUCAUAACAUCAAGAGAUAAGCAUUUGCUAGUGGCUCAUCAAGUUGACCGAAUAUAUGAAGUCGAGGGAUUAAAUGAUGAUGAAGCUUUACAGCUCUUUAGUUGGUAUGCCUCCCCAAAAAGUAGACUUUCAUCUGAUUAUGAGGAACUGGCAAAUAAAGCAGUACACUAUGCUCAAGGGCAUCCAUUAGCUCUCGUGCUUUUGGGUUCACUUCUUUGUGGUAAACAUUUGGAUCAAUGGCAAACAGUCUUAUCAGUGUUAGAUAAUAAGAAAAGAGUUUCUAACAAGAAGAUUUUAGAGGAUCUGAAAAUAACUUAUAUUGCAUUAGAAGAAUGGAAAACUGUGUUGGGUGUACUAGAUAGCUAUAAAAGAGUUCCUAGCAUAAAGAUUGAAGAUCCGAUGUUUGAAGAACUCUUGCAAAAGCCUGUUUUAAAUAUUGAAGAAACUCGCAUUUGGAUGCCUGACUUGAUGAAAAAAGUAAUGGAUGAAGAGCCUCACAACUAUAGAAUGCAAGCUAGAAGCAAGCGUGUCAGGUUGCAGUAUUUUUCCUUCUGUGUUGGUUUGGUUUAG